CCCCCCUCCACAACACGCUAACUUAUACGGUAGCACUGCAGACCUUCGACGACCCUGCUGCAGAUGUCCCCGACGUAGCAUUACUACCUGCUAGGGUAUAAUAAACACGACGAUCCCGCCUCUUUGCAAAACUACGGACUACUACCCCGUUUCUUGUCUGUCUCUCACCCCAAGACAUCCUUAUUUGCUCAUUGUAAAACCUGCAGCGCAUCAUGAAGCAGUCUAUUCUUCUCACUGCUCUCGCAGCUUCUGCUACGGCGGCAGACUGCCCCAACUACGAACAGUAUGCUAGAGUUCGCCAUACACCACUCUCCUCCGGCAAGUACAAUCUUCCGUACCAGCGUCCUGCUCAAGAGUGCCGCUCCUAUGUCGUCCCCGAGGUCGAGCGUACCAUUAAGGACAUGGAGAAGAAGAUUCGCGACCCAGAUCUGUACCGCCUCUUCCUUAACAAUUGGCCCAACACCGUCGACACCACUGUCCUUUGGAGAGGCCAUUCCGCCGACAAUGCCGACGAAGAGCUUGCCUUUGUCGUCACUGGCGAUAUCAACGCCAUGUGGCUCCGUGAUAGCGCCAACCAACUCCAGUCUUACAAGCCUAUUCUCAAUGCUACAGUCGAACAUGGCGAAAACGACAUUGCCUCCCUCUACCGCGGCGUCAUCAACCUUCAUGCCCGCUACGUCAAGAAGUACCCCUACUGCAACUCCUUCCAGCCCCCUGCAGAGUCCAAGAUUCCUCCUGUACACCACCGCAAGCGUUCGCUUCAGAAGCGAGGUGACACAGUCAACCCUCCUUACGAUCCUAACGAGGUUUGGGAGUGCAAGUACGAGCUUGAUUCGCUCGCCGCAUUCCUUCAACUUUCGUGGGAUUACUUUGAAGCUACGCAAGACGGUGCCUUCUUCGGAAAGUUUCACUGGAAGGAAGCUGUCAAGACGGUUCUAGACGUCGCCGAUGGUAUGAUGCACGGCACGUACAAGGAUGAUGGCAGCAUCAACCAGUCUCACUACACUUGGCUCCGUGAUGCCAACAGUGCUACAGAAACGGUGUCUAACAACGGUGCCGGUAACCCCAUCAAGGGCCAUGUUGGCAUGGUCCGCAGCUUCUUCCGACCCUCUGAUGACUCUACAAUUUACCAGUACUUCGUUCCUGCCAAUAUGAUGUUUGCACGCAACUUGGAGACUUGCGCUACCAUUAUGAAGAAGAUUGAUGGGGACCUUGCCAAGCGCAUGACGGAUAUGGCUGCUGGCAUCCGCAGAGGAAUUAACGCUCUAGCUAGAAUCAACCACCCCAAGUAUGGUGAAAUCUACGCAUACGAGGUUGAUGGCCUCGGCUCAGUUAACUUUAUGGAUGAUGCCAACAUACCAUCUCUUCUGAGCAUUCCCCAUCUCGGAUACGAGGGCAAGAAUUCGGACAUUUACAAGCGCACUCGCAACUAUGUUCUCAGCCGAUCCAACCCAUACUACUGCUUUGGCCCAGUCAUCAACGCUACUGGUGGUCCUCAUCAGGGUCCUGGCCAAGCUUGGCCCAUGGCUGUGAUUAUGCAAAUUAUGACUAGUGACGAUGACGACGAAAUUGUGCAUGGAAUCAAGCAGCUCCUCGGCUCUACCUCUGGACUCGGCCUGAUCCACGAAUCCGUCAACUCGCACGAUGAAAACAAGUUCUCGCGCUCUUGGUUCGCUUGGGCUGCAGGUCUUGCCGGUCAGAUGCUCCUGGAUUUGGCUGACAGAAAGCCUGCCUUGCUCGAAAGAAGCUACCAAAACUAAAGUUGACGAAUCUUCUUUUUAAUUCCAACCAGUAUAUGAUAACAGUUUAUGUAAAUGAAUUUCGACUUAGUUUAGCAGACAUCAAUGAGAUCUACAAAUUUGACGAUUGUCUGUUACAUUUAUGCAGUCCUAAUAUAUAGCCAUGAAGAAAAAAAGCACUUCUCUGAACACCCCCCUUUGCCAAGGCUUCUCUAAAUCACGAGUAGAGCCAGGCAUUCUAAUAACAGUUACCAGUCCUAUUCCUCAACUAAGAUCAAAUCCAGCACCCGACUGGAUAGCGUACAACAGCUUCUCUCUCAACACUGUUUCUGUUGUGUACAAAGGCAGCUUGAGCAAAUUCACACAUGUGCUGGUACUGGGCAACCGGGUUUCGUCUCUAGAGGCGUCGCGGAUGGAGAACUUCGGCCGAAGCUGCGAGAAGCCAAGUAGCGGCGCACGGGGCGUAGAACUCACAUACUUGAGCAAAUCGCGGCGCUGAGCGUCGGUGAAACCGCGAACAACCUUCCAGAAUAACUCAAUCGUUGGGUGCUCCUUAUUAUCAUCUCCAAUCUCGUAUAAACCGCUAUACACGGUGUUCUUGCGUAAAUCUUCAAUAUCAAUCUCCGAUGAGUCUCCACCUACGAGGUGCUGGAGCUCAGACUGGUUGAACAUGGACAGCCACGAAGGUCGAAUGAUGGCUCGAAGGCCCCGAAGGAAAGCAGCUGUUUGGGCAGCAGGCUGUACAACAAGGCGAUGACGAGCCACGUAGGAGAUAUAUAGCAACCUGUUGUCGUUUGUGACAGGGAUCUGAUCGCCGUUUGCAAUCAACUUGCGUGUAAUUGUCUUGACAGGCCGACUGGGAUGAGAUACUUGAUCUGUCACUGUGAAGUCGAGUGACAACUCACCCACGUCGCCUGGGUAAUUUUUGAGCCGCAACAUGCCGUUGUAUAGUUCCUCGUCCAUGUCUACCAAGUCGUUGAUGCUGCCCUUAUAGCUGCUCUCGUCGGUCGAACCAGAUGCUGUCCACUUGAGCAGAAAGAAGCCAGCGAAUGCAAGAUCAACCAGAAUACCCUCGUACAAACACUUGCCGACAACACGGCCUAGGAAUUCGUACAUCUUCAGUUGCUCAAACAAAGCGUGUCUCCAUUCCUCAUCACGCUCCGUUUUGCCCAUUUCCCUCAUCUCGUCGCGGAGGACAUCAUUGACAGUUGGGUUUGGGUAUAGCAAACCACUGGAGCUACUCGCAAACAUGCUCAACUCCCCCUCUCGCCCACUAAAGGCUUCUGAGGUAACGCCCAUCAAGAAUUCCUUAGUCACACCUCCUCCAUCAAUGCCGGCCUCUGGAGCACCGAAUUGAUCAACGAAUGUGAUCUGUAUAGGGUCUUUGAGAGAAUCACCGAUCUUGUAAAACUGUUUGUACGCAUCUUCAAACAGAUGACCUCGUCGAAUUUGUCCUUGAUGGUGUCGGGAUAAGGACGUUGCUGUAAAGGGAUUGUUGAGGCUUUCUCGGCGUGUAAAAUCCAGCUCAAUGAAUUGACGAAAUAUCAUCACUCUCGUUUCAAAAGGGACAACAAAGGGCAUGUGUUUCAGGAUCUCCAGCUUAGGUCCCAUUUCUGCCAGCCGGCGAGCACGCUGGAGGCGUUGAUGCUCAGACCGAAUUCUUUCCAGCCUCACGUAUCGAGAGUUUCUCCGCCCCGAGAAUGUCAUGCUCGUGGUGUCGUAAUCUGUCAUGGGUUCAUCAUCAUCAUCGUCUUGACCAUCAUCAUCGGAAUCUGCAUUUUCCUCUUCUCGACUUCGGCGCACUUCUUCCGCCAUUACGGCGCCCAUGAAGUCCUCUUUCUCGAGCUUAUCAGUCAUUAGCCAAUGACUAGUUGGCAAAAAGCGUUUUCUAGAGUCUCGUUCGUAAAGCAUCUUCAUAGCUGUUGUGAUUAUAGACCUCAAACUUGUCAUAUCUAAUCGAGUUGGAGAUGCAGUUGGUAAUUGGUGGACAAUGUCAUGAUGCGAUGUUGCGGACGGUUCCAUCAAUGGGACGGCUGUAAAGGUGGCGGAUUUAUAAAACAAACUGAAUGCCGCGUUCUUUAAGAAUAUGGUCAGAUCUUUAAUAUCCUUAAGUGAGAGGCUGCAUGACCUGAUACGUGUAGUUGAGGAGUUUGUGUGUACAAUCUUCGGGUAAAUACCGCUAAAGAAGUCUUCAUCAUCACUGAGACGAAGGAUGAAGAUAUAGAGUUCUAGGAAGAGGAGGAUAAUUCUCCAUUCCUGCUCAUCAUUCCUGGCGAGAGUCGAUUCCGAUGACGGGUUUAAAUAGCGCAGGAGUAUUGACAAAGCGCUAUCUGCGUCAGUGGUAAUUUGGGAGAAAAUGUUGGUUUGAUCCAUCAUUUGCCAUAGAAACCUGACCACUGGAAUACUGCCACUCGGGCCUGAAAUAUCUUCCAAGAACAGUCGCAUUCGGACGUCGUCAGCCUGGCUUGGAAAACAUUGCAAAAGAGACAAAAUAUAACCAGCUAGAAUAGAGGCCCCACGUAUCGCUUCAGUCGAUGUUCCUGCCAGGUUGGCGGCAAAAUUUUGCAAAAGACCAGCGAUAUUUUCCGUUUGAAUAAGUGACUUCAGCUGCUCCCGAAUGUACAGCUCUCCAGCUUCAGUAGGUUGGGUAUCAAGUCUGUCCCCAGCACUGCUUUCUGGGAUUUGAAUUGCAAAAUGAAGACUGAUUUCCUUGGCCAAGGCCGUUAUUUGCGUAAAGACAGCUUCCAGCAGGGUGGGGUUCUUCUGCGAGUUCGAGUUUGCUCCAGUCAUAUUAAUGAAAUGAGACAGAAGCCAAAUCAAGUCAUCCUUUGAACGACUCAUAAUAGCAGUAUGGGAAUACAUCUCGAUUAUGGUAUCCGAAAGAACAUUGGCAUCGAUUCUGGAAGCAUAUUCAGCGAUGUUGUUUUCGAAGAGAGUAGUUUCGGACCGUGUAAGAAACGACGAUAUAAACUCCAUGUAAAACCCGCCAGCUGUAGCUAAUGUUAGCAGCGUUGAUGACGAAGGCCUUUUGUUAUAUGUAACUUACCAUCUGAUGAUGGCGUCUCCAAUGGCAGGCAGAUUCCAUUCACUAGCAGAGGUCCCCAAUCGGCUAAGUCCGACUUUUGACAAGCCUUGGAGAGUACAUCGAAAUACGCUUGUGAAUUUUCGACGAGGGCGACAGGAUAUUGUUGAGCCAAACGUGUGGCUAGAACUAACAAUGCUUGAUACUCAUCUGAAAUGGGACUAUUCAAGUUAAUACGAUAUGAUAUCGUCUGAAUUAGGAUGAACAUCUUACCCAGAUGCGGCUAUUGCUGUUCUAAGAGCACCUAUUACGACUCUAAACAGUCUGCUGAGACGUGAUACGUGUGCUGGGGGUAAUGGCAGAUCGCCAUCCAUUGACACAACGUCCGUAGCAUAUUGAACAAGACGGCGAAUGUCGUCCUCUGUUGGUUUCGAUGAGGCAAACGCCAAGACUAAUGUGAACGCUGAAAGCACCCUUGGAGAGAUUUCGCUCUGCUGAGGGUUGGUGUAAAUAUGAUCGAAAGCGAUGCGGCGCUGGUUAGCUGUCACAGUUCGUUCUUUGUGACCCCGCCAUGUUUUCUGUAUUUUAACGGCUGCUUUUUGUUUCUGCCUUUCAAGGUGCCGUCUCUCUCGAUCCGCCUGGGCGUUGGAAACCGUCUUUGUAGCGUUAGAGGCAGCGGAGGGGCUCCAUGAUGUGUUUGCAAAUGGGUUCCCGGCGCCGCCGCUCAAGUUGACGUUUCUUGGCCGGCGAGAGUUGCCAGUGAACGUCGAGAACAUGGCCGCAAACAAUCCAGAGGCCAACUAUGUAUUAGGUGAGCCGAGACGCACAUAUGUGCAAAGUUGGCAUACUAGGGGAUUAACAGCACGCGCAGGAAAUGCGUGGGUGGGAAAACUGUUGCUGUAAAGGUGACAUGCGCUUUCUAGAAGAUUCAGGCAUCGGUGCACAGAGGCAAAGAUGACGAUAGCUUGCUGGAUUCGGAGCUGUCAGGUGUGGCUUACGCUAUCAGAGCUAGCUGUGGCGCACCACUGGUUCACUGGUGCGCGGUGUCGGCGACAGCCCAGGUUAAGCUCAAGCUCUCUUUUGGCGGGGCACGAGGCCAAUCGGCCAUCGAGACUCAGUUGCUGCGCACAGACCAAGCUUCGAUCCAGGCGAAUCUACAGGCUGGCGGCACUAAAAAAGACGUUGGCACAGAGGAAGCGGUGCCGUGGCGACGAUGAGGUUGGGAGCGAAGUGGCGAGGAAGAGAACAAAAUGGGAUUUGAGGCGUGGAACAUGCAUGGAAAAUACCUAGGAAUAGCGCUGAGGCCGUUGCAUGGCGUUGUCUUAUCUUGGUUUACAGUGCUAGAUUGAUCGCCUAAGAUCGGGGCAC